CAAGCCACUGGUGACUGGGCGGAGUCGAACCACCUAAUAUAAAGUUGAACAAGUAGAAAACUGACCUCACAAGCAGUCUUGGAGAUGGAAGUGAAGACAAGUCUUUGUCCCGUCGUUUUUUUUCUCGUGCUUCUUUCUCUCCCAGCAUCGGAUGCAUGUCGUGGGGGUCGAGGAGGUGGGACACGGAAGCCUCCGGACAAGCAACCACCGAAGUUGAAACCUGGCAGUUGCUCCAAGAAUUUGAUAAAGUAUGCAGAGCCAAAGUCAUCGAGUAAGACUGUAACAUGGAAAAUGCCAGAGACAGAAGAAGAGAAAGUCAAAAUAAUAUUAGAAGAGGGUCCACACAGCGGCAGCCGCUUCGAUGCCUCUGAUUUACCUACCUCCAUCAGAUACUCUGCCACGGAUAGAAAUGGAAACAAAGACGCGUACUUCUGUUCAUUCCUAGUCAGUGUGAAGAUAAAGACUUGCCCGCCCCACCCGCCAGUCUUCAGGGGCACGUUCAGCUGUUCGCAUAACUACUGGUACGGCUCAGAAUGUACCACCUCCUGUGAUUCUGGAUACUUUCUUGAAACUAGGUCACGUAUACAAACCUGCCAAGAAAACAAAUUGUGGUCUACCCCUCAACCAAGAUGCGCACCCAUUCAGUGUCCACCGUUAUCCAGUGUGUCCUGCAGUAACGCCAACUACUAUCUUAGCAUCUGUAAUCAUGAAUGCAGUCAACCAGGUUAUGGCCGUGGCCCGGGAGAAAGUGCAACUAGGGUCUGUGGAGCUGACAGGACUUGGACCGGUACUGCUGCAACCUGUGUUGAUAAGGAAGCUCCAAAGCUGAACUGCUCACAAACCAUCAGGGAGUUUGCAGAUGCUUCACAGAUCUACAAGAAUGUCACUUGGGAUCUGCCACAAGUCCGUGACAACUCCAAGCUCCCCAUCAACCUGGAACUGGCUCGUGGAAGUCCAUCGCAAGGAUCAAUGUUCAGCAGAGGUUCUCACUCCAUCACUUACCGGGCCACAGAUGAGGCGGGAAACACUGCAACAUGUUCAUUCACCGUCAUAGUCCAAGUGAUCCAGUGUCCAGCUCUCCAAUUCCAAUCUGGUCAGAGGAUGAUGUGCUCGUCAUCACAGUUCAUCUUUGGCUCUGACUGCCAGUUUGAGUGUCAGCCAGGCUUUGUUUUAACUGGCAGUGCUAGUGUUGAAUGCCAGCGACAAGGGAACAUAGGAGUCUGGAGUGCAGAGCAGCCAACCUGUGAAGCUGUAACAUGCCCUUUACUGACUGCUCCAGAAAACGGUAUGUUUGUGGGAAAUACAUCAUGCUCAACAGCCUAUGGCUCUUGGUGUCAGUUUGAGUGUCAUGACGGCUAUCAGCUUGCAGGGAGUGGAGUCCGACGCUGUCUGGCGUUGGCUGGAGCAGCUGAGGGCUACUGGGAUGGCAAUAAGGCUCACUGUGAAGAGCAAACCUGUCCACGAGUCUACAUCCCUCACAAUGCCUACAUCACCAACCAGGAUGAAUGUCCGGCUGCUGACCAGAUCCCAGUGGGGACCACCUGCCGUUUUGCCUGCCGACCAGGCCACGUGCUGACUGGGUCUACGGAGGUCUCUUGUGGGACAGAUGGAAACUGGGAUACCACCUUCCCCUACUGUGAAGUUGUUACCUGUGACAGCAGUGAGUUGCCUGCACCACAGAACGGAAUCAAAAAUGGCUGCCCCCAUGCUGAGGAACUCUACGGCACAGUGUGCACACUGAUUUGUGACCUGGGUUUCAUGCCGACCAAGCCCACUUACGUAACCUGCGGUGAUGACGGGAAUGGAGUGGGAACAUGGGAUGGAAACACCAUCACAUGUGAAGCUGUCAAGUGUGAUCCACUAGAGGUCCCUAGUUCUCCAGGUUACAUGCCGUUGUCAUGCACGCUGGAUGAAGUGGCGGUUAAUGACACAGACCAGAUGCAGAGUUACGGCACCAUCUGUGUGGCAUUAUGUGACCUGGGAUUCACCAGUAGCGGCUCAGGGAGUCGUACUUGUCUGUUGAAUGGCCAAUGGGAUGGUGUUCCACUGCAGUGCACAGAUAUAACCCCACCCACUUUGAUGUGUCCAUCAGACAUCACCCUGUUCGCCAUUCAGGGGACAAGCUUUGCAGAAGUCCGCUAUGAAUGGGAACCCAUUCCGGUCAUGGAUGCCAGUGGUGAUGUCAUCGCCACAUUGGCCAGCAUCAAUGGUCAGCCAGUACCAGCCAACAGGACUUCUGUAUUCCCUGAAGGAAUACAUCACCUGGUCUAUUCUGCAGUGGAUGAUAGCAGCAAUGAGGGAGGAUGUGAUCUUACUAUAAAUGUCCUUGUCACCCGUUGCCCUCCGUUGUACGGUCCCCAGAACAGUGAGACCAGUCUGGUGUCUGGCCAAGGGACGUGUCACAACUCUGCCGUAUAUGGCUCUGUGUGCAGCAUAAGUUGUGAUGCAGGUUACACACUGUCAGAUGGUAGCCAAGAAGUCACAGCUGAAUGUGUCAAGAACACAGCGUCAUCAACAGUUGGUUACUGGCAGGGCCCAGUGGUAGAGUGCGUCCCCAACAUGUGCCAGGUACCAGCCAUCCCCAGCGGUUACAUUUCAGGCUGCAGUGACCAGGAGGUAGAGUACCAGUCAUCCUGCAUGUUUGUGUGCAAUCCUGGUUACCGUGACAACCGUACAUCCCUGAGUAGGACCAUUAGGACGUGUCUUGCUGAUGGGAAUUGGACAGGAGUGCCGCCGGUUUGUGAAGCUGUUGUGUGUCCCAUCUUACCAAGCCUGGACCAUGGUACAGUCCAACCCAGUGAAUGCUUCACCCAGCAUGGGCUUCCAUUCAACACCCAAUGUAUGUUCACCUGCAAUGAAGGCUUCUCUCUCAAUGGUCCCUACAGCAAGGUUUGCACUGCCCAGGGAGUGUGGAGUGAUGCACGCCCAGUCUCUUGCUCAGAUCACCAGCCACCAGCAUUCAAGUCCUGCCCCAUGUACAUCUCUGCAGUUGCACCCCCCAACAUGAGACAGACUGUUGUCUAUUUCACUACACCAGAUGCCACAGAUAAUUCUGGUGACGUCACGGUGACCAGUCAAGACCAAAGACUUGGCACAGGUUCAUCCUUCGUUGAGGGAACAACCCGCGUGGUGUACAUUGCUACCGAUGCUGCAAUGAACAGACGGCAAUGUGAUGUGUAUGUCACUGUGCAAGUUCAACGCUGCCGCCCACUGCAAGCCCCUGCCAGUGGGUCCCUAAUCCAGUGCCCCAGUAACAUCUACGGUGCCACCUGCAGCUUUGCUUGCAAUGAAGGCUACAACCUGAUUGGUCAUAGCAACAGAACCUGUGAGAGGAAGAACAUCAACUGGGCCAACCUGAUCAAUGGCAGCGACAACUUCCAGGUGGAGUGGACUGGUGCAAGUCCGACAUGUUCACCCGUUACUUGCCCUGCCCUAGAUGACCGGCUCCCCGCUAUACGUUCUGGUUGCUUUCAAUACCCACCAGCCACUGAGCUGCUGGGAACCACCUGCAACUGGUACUGUCCGUAUGGCUAUGGUGGAGUUGGUUCCUCGCGAUCCAUGUGCCUGGCCAACAGCACAUGGGAUGUGGUUGACUUCUUUUGUGAAGAGCGUAGCUGUCCUCCCCUUGUCCCACCAGCCGGUAUGGAGAUAUCUCCACCCAACUGCCUGAACUCCCCAACGUUCAAUGACAACUGCUUCCUGCAAUGCUCCCAGUCAGGCUACAGAGUGGACCCUCCAUCCUAUGACUUCAUCCGUUGCCCUGGCAAUGGGGAAUGGUCACGUGACAUCACCACAUUCACCUGCAUUGAUUACGAGGAUCCGCAUUUCAUUCUAUGCCCACUGGAUUUCAUUGAGUACCCAUUGCAAGGUGCGUCUGAAGCCACUGUGACAUGGAAUGUGAUGGCAACGGAUAACUCUGGAGAAACACCAUCUGUUAAUUGCAGCAUCCAGCAGCCAGCAGUGCUGACUAUAGGAGAACACCCAGUCAGUUGUACAGCUACCGACGAUGCAGGGAACCAGGCAUUCUGUGACUUUGAAGUCCAAGUCAAAGUUCGCGGAUGCAGGCAGCUCAACCCUCCCUUCUACGGCGACUUUGUCACAGAAUGUGACAGCACCCACGGAUCUACUUGCCAAGUCCGCUGUCAGAACGGUUACACCCUGCAGGGUUCAGACACCGCUACAUGCUCCAGGAAUGCCAGCACUGGCUUGAUGUACUGGGACUGGAAUGGCCGACGCCCAGCCUGUCAAAUUGCCAGCUGUCCACCUUUACCGGACAAUUUGAUCCCUGUCGGUGGGGGUGUCUAUCCCUCCUUCUGUCGCGGUCCCAUUCCUCCCUAUUACGGCACCACCUGUCAUUUCUACUGCCGCAACGGAUUCACCCUGGUCGGCUCUGCAGACCAUCAGAGGUUGACCUGCCUCUCUGAUGGAACAUGGAAUCAGCACCUCAACGCACUCAAUGUGCAGUGUCAAGACAACAUGCCACCAACCCUACGUGUCUGCCCAGGCUCCCUGUCUGGCUCCAUGUCUGGCCAGACCUUAGGCGUUGUGCUGUCCUUUGAUGUACCCAUGGCCGUCGACAACUCAGAAGCCCAACUGACACUGAUCAAGACUCCUCCGGACAUUGAUUCCCCGUACAAUUUCACACGGGACACCGAUGUGUCAUACGUCUUCACAGACUCUGGAGGGAACAGUGUGUCAUGCAAUUUCAGCGUCAGCAUUCAAGACAACCUGUCACCUGUCCUUGAGUAUUGUCCACCAGACCAGAAUGUCACAACUGAUCAGAAUCCUACCCCGUUCACGUGGCAUGAGCCUGUUUUCCAAGAGCUGACGGGUGACGUGUUGGAGGUCAGUUGCAGUCACCAGAAUGGGUUUUCCUUCCGAUGGGGCCGCCACAACAUCCAGUGCAGUGCAACCAACCUGGACAACGGGAAGACCACGAUGUGCCAAUUCGGGGUCACAAUCACACCCCAUGAAUGUGUCGACCUAAGGCCACCCAGGAACGGAGCCAAGGCAUGUGAUAGUUGGGCCUUUGGACGCUUCUGUUCUAUGCUUUGUAACGAAAACUAUGAUGUGUCUCCCCGUGACAUUGCUCGCACUUUUCUGACCUGUGGCCCUGAUGGAGUGUGGGCUCCUCCACCAAGCUUCUUCCCACCUUGUGCCCGGAGAGUGCGACCAGGCCGGUUGCGUGUGCUGUCUGAUCUGCACUAUUACAGCGGCGAUUGUUCUUCACCUGAAACAGAAGCCCAGAUCAAAGAGCAGUUUAUCUCCAUUCUAGUCAACCAGAGUGGUUUCCAUGCAAUCUGUGCCAGCUAUGCUUCUGAGUGCCAUGUCGGUAAUGUAGGGGUCACCUGCGGGCUUUCAAGCAGCCGGAUCUAUCGACGUGAUGUCAGCGUCAUCCGGGACUCAGUGCUGGACUUUGGCUUUGAGUUUGACCAGCUGAAUACUAUCUUUCAGCAGCUUAGUGCAGCAGAUGAGCUUCCGGAGAGUGCCCAGAAAUGGCUGUCCGACAUGCGUGCAAAAGGAAAGCUGCCGCCGAAUCAUCAUGACAACCAACGCCGCCGGCUCCCCACCCCAAGGCCCAAACCCAAUACCGAGUGGACUCGUAGUCGACGGUCAGCAAUGUCACACUCCUUCACGAUUACAUUCAGCAUGGAUUACACGUUGCCAACUGAUUCAACCUUGUCAGAUCUUGAUUUUGAAGAAGAAAGUUGGAUUGGCUAUGACAAACUGUAUGAACUAGUAGACAAUGUACAAGUCAUGGCAGACAGUGGCGGCUUGGAGCUUGCUGUGGAUGGCAUGGAGAUAGAUCCACAACCUGUGCUUGAGUAUGAGGAACCUGCUCCAUCCUGUCCCCAUGGAUACAUGGCAACCGACAGCAUGACGUGUGUUGGCUGUCCAGCCGGUCAGUUUUUCAACAAUGACACUCUGACCUGUGAGGAGUGUCUUAUUGGUCGGUAUCAAGAUGAAGACCAGGAGCCCCAGUUCACCUGCAAGUUUUGUCCUGUAGGAACGUCUACUGUUGGCAUUGGGUCUGCUAAUCUAACAGACUGCCUGGGCAUUUGCCCCAGUGGUCACUUUUCUGACACUGGACUUGAGCCAUGCUUCAAGUGUGAGAAGGGAUCCUACCAGUCUGAGGCUAGGUCACUGUCCUGUCUCCCUUGUCCAUUCGGUCAGUCUACGGCCAGCAUUGGAUGCAUGGACAUAGAGGACUGUGCAGAUAUGUGUCCUGCUGGGUCAUUCUCUGCAUCUGGUGUACAGCCAUGCACUCCUUGCCCACACCAUAGCUACCAGCCUGACCAAGGUCAGAGUUCAUGUCAGCCAUGCCCUGAUAGACACAUAACACAGGUCACUGGAGCCACGGAUCUGAGCAUGUGUUCAGUGCGAACCUUCUGCUCCGCUACUUCCUGUCUGAAUGGUGGAACCUGCAUGGAGCAACUAGAGUCCUUCCUCUGUGAAUGCCCAGCAGGUCUGACUGGAGAACACUGUCAGACUGAUGUGAUUGACUGCCAACAAGAUUCUUGUUUCAAUGGAGGGACCUGUGUGGAUGAACUCAAUGGGUUUAGCUGCACCUGUGCGGCAGGAUACCAAGGUGAUGAUUGCUCUGUGACCAUUGAUUUCUGCUUGAAUGACCCUUGUGAGAAUGGUGGUACAUGUAGCAACCAGACUAGUGGAUUCACAUGUACAUGUGAUGUUGGAUUCACUGGUGUCACCUGUGAGGAAGACAUUGAUGAGUGUUUGAUGCAUCCCUGUCAGCAUAAUGGAUCUUGCCAUAAUGUGGAGGGAGAUUACUUCUGUGAGUGUGCUGCCGGCUUCAUCGGAGAGAACUGUGAGACUAACAUUGAUGAGUGUAAGUCCAACCCCUGCCAACACCAUGGUACUUGUGUUGAUGGCGACGGUGCUUAUCACUGUGUGUGUAUCACAGGCUACUCUGGUCAACACUGUGAGAUUGACAUUGAUAUUUGUGCCAGCAACCCUUGUGCUGAUGGUGCAACCUGCCAGGAUUUGGAUGAUCGGUAUCAGUGCGCCUGUCCCCAUGGUUAUGGUGGGGUCCAUUGUGAUGAAUUACUGAGCCCAUGUGACUACCAUCCUUGUGAGAAUGAUGGUGUAUGUACAGAGACAUCCACAGAGGAGACAGGAUACCAGUGUGAAUGCUUGGCAGGAUUCACCGGACCGGAUUGCGAGACUAACAUGAAUGAGUGUGCCAGUGAACCGUGUUCUAACGGAGGUAGCUGCAUUGAUGGUGUCAACAGCUUUGAAUGUACCUGUCUGGAGGGCUUUGAGGGGCCUCGCUGUGAGGGACACACGGACCUCUGCAACCCCAACCCUUGUCAUCACAACGCCGUGUGUGAGGCUGAAGGUGAGGAUUAUUACUGUGUCUGCCCUGCUGGACUGUCAGGCAGAGACUGUGAGAUCCAGGUGGAUGUCUGCCACGAAGGAGAGACUUGCUUGAACGGUGGCAGCUGUGCACCGCCCUCUAUGGACCAACUCUGUCUCUGUAUGGUUGGAUUUGUGGGAGAGCAUUGUGAGAUUGAUUUUGAUGACUGUACCUCUCUUCCCUGUGCCAACGGAGCCGUCUGCAUAGACGGGGUCGACGCCUUCACCUGCCAGUGCUUGGAAGGUUUGCUGGGUUUGAAGGAGCACUGUGCCAGACUAAUAUUGAUGAUUGCGUUAACCAUCAGUGUCUGCAUGGAGCAAGCUGUGUUGAUCAGCCUGGGCGGCGGUACAUGCAUCAAUGGGCUCAACAUGUACUCCUGUGACUGUCCACCAGGCUACAGUGGCCCUGAAUGUGAGCAGGAUAUCAAUGAAUGUGACAGCCACCCUUGUCAGAAUGGAGCUCAGUGCAUUGAUGGUGUCAACCAGUACCAGUGCAGAUGCAGACCAGGAUUUGUUGGCACAUAUUGCAGCCAGCAUGCACAGUCCAAUUUCGACAUGGCGUUCAGAGGCAGUCAUCCAAGUCAGUACAUCACUUUACCUCAUGCCAUUAAUGAACCACUGCGAGCAUUCACCAUAAUGAUGUGGAUUCGCACAACGGCAACUGAGGGGGUCAUACUGGCCUAUACAACCCACAUCUCUGGGCAAACGCUGGAUGAUGCACAGUUUGCCAUCAGCAAUCCUGGGGCAUUGGAAGUCUCCAUUCGAGGGCAUUACUGUUCCUCCUUCAUCUCUGUGAGUGACGACCAUUGGCAUCAUUUGGCCAUCUCAUGGGAUGAGCAUGGUGGCAUCCUCAAGAUUUACAGAGACGGGCAGCUCAGGCUGAUACGCAAGUCGAUGAGUUCCGAUGCCAAGAUCCACGGUGGAGGGGAGUUCAUUUUGGGAGAGUUACGUAAUUCUGACAAUACCAAGUCACACUGUUUCACUGGUUCCCUGAGUAACGUGAACCUGUGGGACACAGCACUGAUUGCUUCCGUUAUUCAACAGCACGCUCAGACGUGCGGCUUUGUUACCCCUGGCAAUGUCAUCGCAGCAGCUGACUUCAUGGACACCGUCUUCAUGGGACAAAUCCAAAUUGUGACUCCGUCAAAGUGUGACUCGGUGGAUGACUGUGCCAGCAACCCUUGUGCUUCAGGCAGUACCUGCAUUGAUGAUGUCAAUCAGUUUAUCUGCCAAUGUCCCCUGGGCUUCACUGGCCAACGCUGUCAGACAAACAUUGACGAUUGUGGAACAGACUCCAGCCCUUGUGACAAUGGAGGAACCUGUGUGGAUGGGAUAGGUACUUUCACCUGUCAGUGCCCACUGGGGUUCUCAGGACAAGUCUGUGAGCUGAAGAGAGUUGAUGGAAGAUGGAGUGAGUGGACUGAAUGGAGUGAGUGUAGCCGGUCCUGUGAAGGUGGUACCCAGACCCAUCACCGGUCCUGCACCAACCCCCGCCCAGCCUAUGGAGGUAGCACCUGUGUAGGUCCUACCAGUGAGAGCCAACAGUGUAAUACAGGACCCUGUCCAAGCUGUAGGCAUGUGACACGCCCCUUCAGAGGAAACCUCGUCUGUCAAAUUGACGGCCAGGAACAGAAUUGUACCAUCUCCUGUUGGCAAGGCUACUCAUUCAGCCGGGCCGUUCUGCCCUUCUACCAAUGUGGUCCAUCUACCAACUACAAGUGGUCCCAUGAGACAGGAGACAACCCAAGACUGGCCCUCCCGCAGUGUACAAAGUACAGGCCACCAAAUAAGGUUGCCAUGGAGAUGAACCUGGAAUACAGUACUAACUUGACCUGUGAUGGGUUUGACCCCGCUAGAGACAGCCUGGUUCAUCAGACAGUCAGAGACAAAAUCACCUUGAACGUAAAGACACUCAGCUGUGUGCAGGAUAACUCAUGUAGUGUGAAACGUGCCCAGGUUAGUGGCUGCAGUACCCAGAGUCCAGCAGACCACACCCACAGACGGCGCCGCCGCCGAUCAGUUGAGCCAAUUGAAAUUGCCAUCAGGUUGGAACGUGACGUCCAUGUCCCUGACCGAGAGAACCUGACUAGUGAACAAGUGACCAGUCAAAACAGCACUGUGGAUGCUGCCAAUGAACUCCAACAGGCAGCACGACAUUUGAUCAGCCAGUCUGUGUCGGGCCAGUUUGCCGUGAAUGUUGACCAUCAAGUUUACGACGUUGACACUGAGAGGACCCAGGCCUAUGGCAUGCAAGUCUGUCCCCAUGGCUCAGUGCGCAUGAAUGCACAGGAUGCGCGAUGUGUUCCCUGUGAGUCAGGCUGGUUUGAAAACCACGAGGUGUGUUAUGCCUGCCCUCCCGGCAUGUACCAGUCACAAGAGGGCAGCACCUACUGCCAAGCCUGUCCACGUGGACAUACCACCGUUGGCCCUGGUGCCACAGGGGAAGACGAUUGUGAAGUCACCACUCUGUAGUCCUUGACAAGUUACAAAUUUGUUCGACCUCCAUAACGUGUCAGUGAAUGUAAUUUUGAAGAGGAAAUUGGUCAUUUAUGUUUCUUGUUUAAAGACAGUUGCAAAAAAAGAGAGACAUGCAAGUAGUUUUUCUUCCUGGAAGGUAAAGUAUUCUUCACAGGAAUGGAAGAUCAAAUUCUGAAUUUGAAUUCUUGAACUUUCUUUUGAUUCAUGGAAAUCUUCGACUAAAUUGGUGAGGCUGUUUGUUGAUUUUCCCACUGUCUAGCUAUCAACUUCUAAGAAUCUUAAAGUUUGAUGAAUUUUAGCUUUAAUUUUUGGAGCUGAAUUUGACAAAGUACGUGAAAUUCAGUUUGCAUAUUUACUUAGUCUUUAAACUGUUAGAUUUUAUUUAGAGUAUUACAUUCAAUAUGACAAAGUUUACAACAGUAGUACUUCAGGCCAGGAACCAAAGGCCACCCUUAAUGGCUACCACACAGAUUUCUGAUUGAAAGGAUGUGGUACCGUUCAGACCAAGAAAAUCAUCAGUAUCUAUUCCAUGUUCUUUUUUCUUCCAAGCAGACAUACUUUCUGUAGUGUACUUUUGUCUUUUAUCUAGCACAGUUGCUACACAUUUACAGGCAUUUCCUCUAAUUUUCCAUUUUUCUUGUUAUCUUUUCCAUUUUCUGCACUGAUGAGAAUGGAAUCUAACUCACUUGGCUAUCGAAUAAGUUACUCAGUUAAUGGAUCCGUGAAUAGACUAUAGAUGUGGAUGCUUAUCUCAUUGAAUUCAUCUCAGCAAGAUUCCAAAUCUGACAUGUUUCUUUAAGAAGGUAUGUGUAGCAGUUUGGUAAUAACAGAAUCUCUCUCUCAGCAUGAGCUUUGUUAUGAAUGAUUGUCUUAGAAGGGAUACAUUUAAAAUGGGACAGUUUUGCUAUUCCUAUUGGUCGAAACAUGUCAUGUCACCGUGUAUUAACAUUUUAUACUGUCCUCUGAGAGGUGAUAACGCCCUCUGCGUAAAUCACGCGCUGGCACAUGGAUACGAGACAGUUUAAUUGGGUCUGAUUGGUUAGGAGUCUGUGUGCAUGUGACACUCCAUGUGCGCACCAAGUUCAUUGAUGGAGAUUCUGUUGGACAACUUUUAAAAGGAAUAUACCAUGAAAUGGAUGGGGGUGUUUGGGAAAAUGAAAAUAAUUUUUAGAAUAAAAGCAUUGGAAACACAUCAUAUAUUGACUUCCAUUGACUCUCUGAAUAAAAAGGUAUUUAUGAAUAAGAAUAAAUAUGUGCUUAGCCGGUCUUAAACUAACAUUUAGGACCUUGCUCGGGAGAACAAACGCUGAUAAUGCCCAAGCCUGUGCGGCUGGGGCAUUUGUCACGUCUAUUCUCCUGAGCCAGUUUUAAAUGCACGUUUAAGACUGGCCCGGCAGAUAUUUAUGCCCUUAUUGAAGUAUGAUGGAAUAGUGUUAAAUUAGUCAGCUGAAUACCGGCUAGAGACAGGGGACCAACCUUCUUCUUCUUCUUCCUUGAAGAAGUACAGCAAACUUUGACAUGGACAUUGCUGUUGUUGCGCCACCAUUUUAAGCAGUCUGCCUUUGAAGUUGACACCUUUUGCCCCUCUUAUUGUUGACUGUCUUAAUGAAAUGGAGGCACUGCUUGCAAAAAGUCCAGUGCUUAACCCAGGGUAAUUUCACCUUUGGUGUUUCAAUCUUGUCCUCAACUCGGUUGUUGUCAGUGAAGUUUAAAGACUGUUUCCAGCUAAGUUUUAUGGUUUUUCUUAAAACUCAUAGCAAGUUAGAAUUGGUCAGAAUUGGUGUCACCUCCAUCACCUAAACAUUCUUUCUGUUCAUUAAAUGAUCCUCUUUUUGAUUGAUAAAAAUUCUUUUAUGUAUGUACUCAGAAGGAAUGUAUUUGUGGAAGUAAAGGUGUGGAUGUUUGCGUGUAUUAAAUAAAACUGUACCAGGAGUAAAUUACUUUCUGCACAUGCUGUUUGUAAUAAAACUGCAGUGAGCACUGCACUAGCCUCUUGUCAUCAUU